GAGUAAUAGCCUAUAUACAAGAACUAAAGCACAAAGUAAUUUCAUUUGCAAUUUAAUAUUUCUUCCUCGUGUGUUUAAUGAAGAGAAAAAAAUCAAUAGACAUACUUAAAAAGCAAGAGAGACCUAACAAACAAUCAAUAAGUAACUGGUGGUGGUACAAUCUCAACAUCUUUUGGAGUGAGUGGAGAAUGAAGAACAAUUCCAAACUUUUCUCUCAACAACUCUGUGAUUUCUUCAUCUGAAAGAUCUGUUGUGGUUUUUGUAGCUUGUUGUCCAUCCACUGAGGACAGACUGGUUAUAAUCAGUCUGCGGCCCCUGAUUGUGAUUCUUCCAGUGGGCAGUAAGAGUGAACAGAGAGACUUGCAGAAGAAAAUCGAGCUGGCAGAACUCUGAUGGUAAUCAUACAUGGCUCUGAAAUCAUCUCUUUCACGUGGCUCCAGGGUGAAUUUGUACAGUUCCGUCCAACAUUCUUCUCCAACCCCUGAUACUUCAGUCUCAGAAUUCAUUUCCAUGAAAAUUAAGUUUCCCUGAGAUCUGAGGCGAUACACUCAGUGGCUCUGGACUUGAGGACUGUCGGUCUCAAGAGAGAGAGGGAGCUGGAAUCCGGAUCCGAACCCUACAUCACAGAGCCAUCUGUGUCCAUCCAGCCUCACCAUCAUGAUGAAGUGGUCAAACGGAGGUCCGUAAGCACUGGUGAACCGAUUCCUGACCUGUGCGGAGAGAAUAGUCACGUCGAAGCCCAUCUGAGACAGAAGCCAUGAGAAGAGCCCAUUAUUCUCAUAGCAGAAUCCUCCACGGCGCAUGACGACGAUUUUUUCAUAUAAAAGUGGCAACUCAAGCCUGACCCGCUCUCCGAUAUGAAUGGUGAGAUUCUCAAAGGGAACUGUCAUUAAGUGAUUCAGGUGAACGUAUCGCAACGUCUCCAAUGUCAGAGGACAUGGUCCCGAACAGCCGACACGUGCCAAAUACUUUUCAACAUCCAUUGUUUUGCAAAGACCUCAGGCAUCUAAAGUGAUGCCUCCUCCUGAAACAAUGUACUGCGCCCAGCAGAUCAACAUCCCUCCAGAGCUGCCUGAUAUUUUAAAGCAGUUCACAAAAGCUGCAAUCAAGACACAGCCACAUGAUGUGCUGCAAUGGGCAGCUGACUAUUUUUCAGCAUUAUCAAAAGGUCAGGACCUACCAGUCAAGGAGAGGCUUGAAAUGCCAGUGGCAACUCAGAAAGGAGACACAGGGCUUACACCAGACCUUCUAAAGAUCCUUCAUCAACAGUUCACACCAAAAGAAAUCAUUACAAAAGAGGAGCUUCUUCAGAAGUGGAAAGGCCUGUGCUUACCUAUUGAUCAGCUUGACACAAUCCUUGCUCUUGGCAACUUCAGUGAAAAUAUCAUUUGGAUGCAGUUUUUUGCUUUAGGAUGCAGUGCUUUGGGUGGGACCAUCACAAGUGCUUUAAAACACGCAUGUGAAAUACUCACAGAGGACCCUGAGGGUGGUGCAGCCCAAAUUCCUUUUGACACGUUUCAGAGUCUGUACACAUACUUGGCACAUCUGGAUGGAGGAAUUCCUAAAGAACAGAUCGACAGCUUCUUGCAUAGUUUAGAGGAGUAUGCAGAAUGCCAAGGAGGAAUGGUGCAACCUUCAAAUUUUACAAGCCUCCACAGUGCUGAGAAGCCUGAGUAAAAUCCAGUUCAAAUGGUCCUCAGGUGGUGAUAUCUCACAACACGCUCGAAAACUAUUGAUCCUAGUUACUGUGUCUUGUGUUUGCCCUCUUUAUCCUGUAUAUUAUGAUGUGAUCUGAUUAUUU